AUGUCAACGUCGACGGGAAAAGUCGCCUUAGGGGCGGCCCACACGUUUCGACGCCAGUGGGCUCAAGGCCCACCGCCAGUGCUCCGAAACAGCAAUAGAAGACUGGACCAUGUGGUCUUGCUCGAGAGGCUGCCGCUGUCGACGACGCCGUCGGACGUGGCCCGUCUGCAGGACGCGCUGACGCCCUUCGGCAUGAGCAAACGCUUUCCCUCGGAAGUUGUCUUUCUCCGCACGAAGCUGCUCAAGCCUUCAGGUCGCGCCCUCUUUGCGUUCUCGAGACCUGCUCAUGCCGACAAUUUUGCCAAACUGGCCAAUGGAAAGUCGCUAGGCGGGCAGCAGAUCUCAGCCCAACGGAUCGCCGAGAGACCUCCAGCCACAUCACCAAGGGUGGCACUCCUGUACGAACUGCAGUCCCAGUCGCCCGGUCGAGUCGUCUUGAUCCAAGGCCUGCCCCGUGCGAUGGAUGCCGACCGGCUCUUCCGGAUCCUUUCGCGCGACUAUCAGCUUGCAACGGACCGCAUCGAGAUUGAUUUGCAAAGAUAUAACGUCGAGGAGACGGAAGCAUCGAUGGAGGGGCGGGGACCGAGUACAACUGCAAUCGGUUUCGGAUGCCAUGAGGCUCGUCAGAGGAUGGCAUCGGUCAGUCUGGAAUCAUAG